AUGAAAGAGAUCGAUGAACACAUUGUAUAUGCAAUAUUAUUCCCUUCUUCUCUCCUCUUCCUCCAGUUUCAAGUAAUGAUGAUCAUUACUAUAAUAUUACUACUGAUUAUCUCAGCUGGUCUCAUAAUCAAUCUUCGAAAGAAGAUGAUCAAAAGACACGCGCCACCGCAGCCGGCUGGGUCCUGGCCUCUAAUAGGUCACCUCCAUCUUUUAAUGACCGGAGACAUGAUUAUCCAUGAGAAAUUAGGUCUCCUCUCCGAUAAAUACGGACCCACCUUUUCUCUCCGUUUGGGUUUUCAUGAAACCCUCGUGGUUAACAAUUGGCAAGUCGCAAAAGAAUGUUUCACCACCAACGACGUAAACUUCGCAACCCGACCCAAGAGUCUAGCCAUGAAGAUCAUGGCUUACAAUCAGUCCAUGAUUGGAACCCUACCUUAUGGACCCUAUUGGCGUUCUCUUCGCAAGUUCAUAGUCAUUCAUCUCCUUUCCAACCACAGGUUACAAAUGUUGAAACAUGUUCGUUUCUCCGAGAUUGAUUUCUUCACCAAAACCUUGUACCAAAUGUGCCAUGAAAAUGGAUCCCCUGUUUUAGUCGACCUCAAGGAGAAGUUUUCAGACAUGACCACGAACAUAAUCACCAGAAUCAUUGCCGGAAAACGUUACGCCGGUGUCGACACCGAGGAGUCGAAACGGUUCCAAAAGGCGUUUGGAGAAUUCACACAUUUAUCCGGCUUAUUCGUAAUCUCCGAUGCUAUUCCCUUCUUGGGCAUGCUCGAUGUACUAAACGGGAAUUUGUCGAAAAUGAAGAGAGUUGCGAAAGAAGUUGACAAUGUGUUCUCUAAAUGGGUGAAUGAACAUCGACUAAUUGGAGAACAUGUCAAAGAGGAAGAAAAUGACUUGAUCCAUGUUAUGUUGGCACAUCUUAAAGAGGGUGAUCUCGCGAAUAUUGCUCGCGAUAAUAAUAUUGACAACGAUACAAUCAUCAAGUCCACUUGUAUGGGUUUGGUUCUCGGAGGAAAUGAUACGACGUCGACUACUAUGAUAUGGGCAUUGUGUUUCGUUAUGAACAACCGCGAGGUGUUACAGAAAGCACAAGAGGAACUUGACACUCAUGUGGGGAAGCUUCGUCUAGUAGAGGAAUCAGAUAUACAUAACCUUGUCUAUUUGCAAGCUAUUUUUAAAGAAACAUUGAGAUUGCAACCAACAGUUCCUUUGUUAGUACCACGUGAGGCGAUGGAAGACUGUAAUGUAGCAGGUUUUGGCAUCCGGGCUGGAACGCGUCUGCUUGUUAAUGCGUGGAAGAUGCAUCGCGAUCCAAGUGUUUGGUCAGAAUCGCUAGCAUUCAAGCCGGAGAGGUUUCUCAUGCAAAACAAGAAGGUGGAUGUAACAGGUAAGAGUUUUGAGCUUUUACCAUUUGGUUGUGGGAGAAGGAUGUGCCCUGGGAUCACAUUUUCGCAACAGAUAAUGCACUUGGCUUUGGCCAGGCUUCUUCAAGUGUUUGAAUUGGAUACAGUUGGGGGAUUGGGUGUUGAUAUGACUGAAACUUCAGGGCUAACUAUCCAAAAAACUAAGCCACUAGAGGUCUUGCUUACUCCUCGUCUCUCUGAGGAGCUCAUAAUGAAUGGUAUGGUUUGAAUCUAGAGCAUGUGAAUGAUAUGAAAAUUCGAAUUCAUAA